GCGCAUCCCACGGGAGACUUUUGCUUCUUCCUUGAAUUCCUUCCGUAUAAAAUAUCUUCUUCAUUUCGACCGUUGUCGGUUUUCUUUUUCGCCUGCGGUGGACUUGCUGUCCGUUGCGAUUUUUUCCCAGUGUUUUGAGCUGCAUUCCCCCGCUCUGAUCUCCAGCCAUGGCACAGGUCGAGAUCGACCUCUAUGGUGUCUUGGAGGUCCACAGGGAGGCUUCAAAGGAAGAGAUCCGGAAAGCAUACCGCAAGGCAGCACUGUCGAGUCACCCGGACAAGUUCCCAGAGGAGGAGAGAGAAACAGCGGAGGUGAAGUUCAAAGCGGUCCAGGAAGCGUACGAUAUCCUCUACGAUGACGACAAGCGGCACCUGUAUGACACACACGGCAUGGCCGCCUUCAAUGGCGGCAUGCCUGGCAUGGGAGACGGACCAGACCUGGACGAUAUCUUGCAGCAGAUGUUUGGCAUGGGCGGAAUGGGCGGAAUGGGUGGGAUGCCGGGGAUGGGCGGGGGUAUGCCAGGACGCGGCGGACCACGGCCCAACAAACCUCGCAAGAGUCCGAAUGAAGAGCAGAAGUACGAGGUCAGCUUAGAGGAUCUCUACAAGGGAAAGACGGUCAAGUUCUCCAGCAAGAAGAACGUGAUCUGCAGCCUGUGUAAGGGCAGAGGUGGCAAGGAGAAGGCGACGCCCAAGACCUGCUCUGCUUGUGAAGGACAGGGAUACAAGGAAGUUCUCACCCGCGUGGGACAGUUCCUUACACAGUCCACCGCUGCCUGUACUGUUUGCAACGGACAAGGCACAUUUUUCAGCCCGAAGGACAAGUGUAAGAAAUGCAAGGGAAACAAAACGACCGAAGAAAAGAAGAUGCUGGAGAUUUACAUUCCCCGCGGUGCCAGUGAGGGAGAAAAGAUUGUUCUUGAAGGCGAGGCGGAUCAAGUCCCCGACCAGGAGCCUGGCGACAUUGUGUUCCACCUUGUCGAAACGGACCACCCUGUUUUCCAACGAGCCGGGGCCGAUCUCACUGCCACCAUUGACGUGACGCUGGCAGAAGCGCUUACCGGGUUCACUCGGGUGGUCAUCAAGCACCUGGAUGGUCGAGGUAUUGAAAUCACCCAUCCCAAGGUCAAGGGCGAGGUCCUGUCUCCGGGGCAGGUGCUCAAGAUCCCUGGUGAGGGUAUGCCGAUCAAACGGAGCGACAGUCGCGGCGAUCUCUACUUGGUCGUCAACGUCAAGUUCCCUGGCGAGAAAUGGACGCCCAGCGCUGCGACGCUGGAGAAGCUCAAGGAGAUCUUGCCCAAGCCAGACCCUCUCAUCGAAGCCGAGACCAUUGAUGAGGUAGAAUACGAUCCCAACGGCGACCUCGAAGACUUUGGCGGCGGGGAUCCUCGCGGCGGAUCCGGCUGGGUUGACGAGGAUGACGAAGAGCAGACCGCGCAGUGCGCGCCUCAGUAGAUGUGUCCCUUGAUACAGUACUGAAUGAGACCCUCCUCCUCCUACUUUC